UGUUUUUUUUGGAGUUUACUCCUUAAGAAUCGAUUUACAUAUAUAGGCCCGGGGUAUGAAAAUUAUGGGGACCAAAAUCGUACUAGAGAGUAUAGCAUGUCACACGAAAUGCGUUAUGCGCUAUAGUCUGACCAUUCCCCACCACACGGUAUGCUCGGCUCCAUGUACUUGUAUAUGUUUAGUAUAUAUCUGUGUGUGUAUAAUAGCAUACACAUUAUACAUGUACAGUGUAGCGCCUGCAUAACUAUAUCAAUACAUUUCUAAACAUUUAUUUAUUCGAUAUUAACCUACAAACACUUUGAACUUGCGGAGAUAUUGUUUUAAAUUUUAUAAUUUAUUUAUAAUCGAUAUAAAUAUAAAUUUGUGUCAGUUGAAUACAGUAAAAUAUGGAAGUUACGUAUUCUAGUGAGAAUGAUCCGGGAGUUGCGGAACACGUGGAUGCGGUAAUUAAUCCUGAAACCUGUCCAUCAACAACAACCGGUCAUAAAAAAACUCAAGCAAUUCGACAACGAGAAUACAGACUUCGGAUGAAAGAAAAGUCUGGGCCUAAAAAACAGAAAGAGGACAGACCAGCCAAAAAGUCCGCAGCGGAGCGUCAACGGGAAUGCAGGUUGAGAAAAAAACUCCGAGCGAAUCAAAACAUCAACGCAGAGUCAAACUCAGACGUUACUGAAAUUUUACCGAGGCAAGAUGCAGGACCUUCCAACUACUUGACAUCGGUAACUACAGCACAGGUGGUACCUUCAAGUCCUGACGAUGGACCUGUCAUUACACACCACGAAGUAGUUAUUGAGACUGCACCGGUAUCAACAAAAAAACGUCAAAACGUACAACAGCACGAAAGUGUUAGUGAUGUGUACAAAAAAAAAAGGAAACCAAAUCAAACCAGAAACCUUAAUUUUGAUGAGAUUUGUCAGCUUCCCAGCCAACCUAUACUGACUCCUCGUUUGCUAACUAAUGAAAUGGAAAUUUUACAACCAGCCGAGAAUGAAUUCAUUGAAAAUGAAGACAAUAUCAACAUGUCUGAAGAGUCAACAUCGGAGCCAAAUUCUAGCCUGCCAUACCGUAGCUAUCAAACUCAUAAAUCAGCACAUAAGCUAUUUAAAAAAAAGAUCCUACAGAAUUCCUUUGGUCACGCCUGUAAUGUUUGUGAUCGUUUAUGGUUUUUAGAAGAUCUUAAAUGUGGAUCAGCAGAUGAAGAAAUCUUACUUAAACGAAUUACGAAUUUUACGGAUGUCACUCAAGUCAUGAUGUGCAAAACUUGCAGAGCCAGUAUCUUAAAAGGCAAUAUUCCCUUUUUAGCUACGUAUAAUGGUUUUAAAUAUCCACAAAGACCAGUGGAUUUGCCGGAAUUGGAUAUUAUUGCUGAGAGACUUAUUUCACCAAGGCUUCCGUUUAUGCAAAUACGUAGAUUACGCCAUUUCAAUGGUCAAUUUGCUAUAACUGGCCAAAUAAUUAAUGUGCCUGUCUCGGUUGAUAAUAUGAUAAAACUUUUACCAAGGCCGCUUGAUGGAAAUGAAGAAGACUAUUGUAUUAAUGUUCAUAUUAAGAAGAAACUUAUUCAUAAAACAAGUUACCUUCACGGAUUGGUUAAAGGUAUUGUCAUUAAAAAAUGGUUGACGUAUUUAAUUGAAACACCUCUGUAUAAGCACUUCCAAAUUAAAGUGGAUGAUGCUUGGUUUACAUCCAAUGGUGAGAAAGUCAUAAUUGAUUACACGGAUACAGGAGGAUCGAGUAGACAAGAUGAUGUGCAAGAGCUUCCAUCCUCUGAAACAGCAAAUCACACUCACUCUGUGGAUUCUGACUCCAUAGAAAAACGAAUACACAUCGAUGAUUUAAGUGAACAUAUUGUGAUUGAUGAAAGUCUGACUGCGCAACAGCAAACUCUCAUGUGGAGUGAGGAUAAAUUUUUACAAAUUGCUCCAGGUGAAAAUAAAGUUCCAGAGAGUUUGUUAUUUGACACAUAUGCAGAGGAAUUAUCAUUUCCAGCCAUUUACCUUGGGGAAUUUCGUGUAUUUCGAGAAGAAGCCAAUGUAACGCCAUUCAUGAUGGCAACAAGUGAAUUACGUCGUUCAGACAGGAGAGGAGUACUUCCUAAUAAGCUUCUUUACACGGCAAUGAAAAUAAUGCGCUUAAGAGUUUGCAGUGCUCUGAAGAUUGGAUUCAAACACAUCGGUAAGGAUACCAAUAUAAGUAAAGAACGCGUAUUAUCUGAUGAUUACAUAAAUGCCUGUUUGGAAACAAAUUUAGCUUUUAUGAAGUCAAUCCCUAAUUCUGCAACUUAUUGGUCUGCGCGAAAGCGAGAUCUUUUUGCAAUGAUGCGCCAGUUGGGUAGGCCAACUAUGUUUUUGACCAUAAGCGCGAAUGAAAUUGGAUGGCCAAACCUUCUAAGGAUUUUACACAAAUUGAAAAAUCAGGGAGAAGAGUUAACCGAUGAGCAAAUUGAAGUGUUGAAUUAUUUUCAAAAGACAACUCUGAUUAAUGAUGAUGCCGUCACCUGCGCAAUAUAUUUCAAUAAAUUGAUUAAUGUAAUCAUGCUUAUAUUGCAGUCAAAGAAGUUGAGUCCAUUUGGUAAAUAUCGAGUGAGUCAUUAUUUCAAGCGGAUUGAAUUUCAACAUAGAGGUAGCCCACACGCCCAUAUACUAUUAUGGUUAGAUAAUUCACCAAAAGAUGCAUUGGGGAACGACUACGAAGAAGCGAUUGCAUUAAUUAAUUCGCUUAUUUCAGUGGAUUCAUCUGAAGCUUCCGGUCACAUCAAACUUCAAACUCAUAAACACACCUUCACGUGUUAUAAAAACACUCGUACAAAUAAUCGGCAAUGUCGUUUUGAAGCACCUUUUAUGCCUAUUCGCCAAACUACUAUUCUCAUCCCGCUAGACAAGGAGAAUCCAGAGUUACAAAGACUUAAAUCGCGGUAUAAAAAUAUACGACAAAACUUAGAAAGUAAUGACUACGAAAAUAUUGAACAUUUUUAUCAAGACAAUUGCAUAAUAUCAGAUGAUGACUACGUUAACAUUUUACGAGCUGGGAUAACUCGGCCUCGAGUAUUUUUAAAACGGAGACCUUCAGAAAAAUGGCAUAAUUGUUUUAAUCCUUUUAUUUUGAACGUGGUUGGGUCUAAUAUGGACUUCCAAUUUAUCACCGAAGAAUAUUCAUGUGCUCAGUACGUUGUCGACUACAUAAAUAAGACUAACAGAGGAAUCAGUAACUUACAACAAAAACUCGUCGAAAUUAUGAAUGAUAAUCCUGACUUCGACAUUAUUGCUGCUAUAAAGAAACUUAGCGUCAACGCGCUGAAUACAAUUGAAAUGUCAAGCCAGGAAGCAGCGUGGUUUCUUUUGCGUGAACCCAUGUCUAAAGCGUCAGUAGCUAUUGAAUAUAUUCCAACAUACUGGCCACAACAGCGAGAAAGAAUUCGAAAAACAUUAAAAGAAUUAGCGCAACUUGAAGAUGAUGAUGAUACAAAUGUAUGGAAGGAAAAUUGGUUCGACAAGUACGAGAAAAGACCUGCUAUAAUUAAUGAUAUCACUCUAGCUCAGUUUGUUUCGCGAUAUACUGUCAAUGCUGCCGGAAAUGUUAAAGAACGAAAAGUCCCAAAAGUUAUAAGAUUCCGAAAUUAUGAUAUGGGGAAAGAGUUAACAGAAUACAAGAGGGAAAUGGUUACGCUACAUAUGCCUUUCAGAAUUGAAGAAACUGAUGUUUUGAGUGAUAUGAAGUUUUGCGCAUCUAUGAUGAAAAUGAAGAUCUCAUAA